AUCCUAUCCUAUCCUGUUCCCACACCAAAGCCGUGUGACCGGAAACCCAUUUACCGGCGGAGUGAGAUCGGAAAACCCGAGGAGAAAUGGGGAGAGAAGUGUCGGAGAGUUGCAUCGACAGUUUACUCACCGAGAUGGUGUCGUCGUACUGCAACCGUUUCUAUGCCAAUAAGCCUGAGCUCGCCGCCCGCAGGAUUGAGGCCAUCGGUUAUCAAGUCGGUCACCAGCUCUCCGAGCGGUAUACGAUGGAGAGGCCUCGGUUUAGCGAUCAUCUUGAGGCAAUUAAGUUCAUCUGCAAGGACUUUUGGUCUGAGCUUUUCAAGAAGCAGAUCGAUAACUUGAAGACGAACCAUAGAGGAACGUUUGUUUUGCAAGACAAUCGGUUUCGUUGGCUUGCAAGGAUGUCAUUGGAUCCCACGGCUGAGGAAGGAGUUCCUCAGGAUCCUGCUGCUUUGGCUGAAAGUAAGGCUGCUCAAGCAAUGAGCAUGUAUCUCUAUUUCCCUUGUGGGAUUAUUAGAGGGGCUCUUUCGAAUCUCGGGAUCCCUUGUGCGGUUUCUGCUGAUAUAUCGAACCUUCCAGCUUGUGAGUAUCCUGAAUCAUAUGUACUUUGCGUAGUUAUGCAUGCUUGUUCUCUGUGCUCAAAUGGUCAUUGCCAUGGUCAGUUGUGA